AUGUCAAGCAGAAUUCUGACGAAGGGAACUAAGAAAACAUCCACGGCCACCUGCGAAUGCACCAGAGCAGGCGAGUUUGAGGUGCGCGUGAACAAGGUGCCUCUUUCCGUAAUGGGCGACUAUCUGAUGCAGGCCAAGCUCAACGAGGUCAUCGAGACCAUCGGAAGAGGCCCAUUGGCUGGUCUCGACUUCGACAUCACCACGUGCAAGGAAGGCGGAUUCACAGGAAGAGUCUACGCAGCAAGACAGGCAUUCUGUAGGGCUGUUCUGGCCUACUUUGGAAUGCAUUCUGAUGAGUACAAGAAGCAGGAGAUUCAACAGAGACUCAUGGCAUUUGAUAGAUUCGCAUUGGUCACUGAUACAAGGAGGAAGGAGCCUAAGAAAUACGGUGGACCAGGAGCACGUGCAAGGUACCAGAAGUCAUACAGGUGA